AUGCUUAAAAGCACGAUUCUUCGAAACGCUCCUGUGAGGGCGUUGACGGUGGGACGUGUUCUCAAUAAGAGCAAAGCCUUGCCCUCGACGCCGGAAAUGAAGUCCCGGGAGGCCUGGACUGAAUCCACCAACGACGACUCCUUCAUCACCAAAACCGUUCAAACCCCUGUGCUGAUUAGCAGAAGCUUCCAGAAGAACUUUGACUUUGGAGCUACCUACGAUCCAUUCGACUUCACCGCAGACAAGGUCGCCAUAGAGAACAAGAGAAGAUCCAAGAAAACGCCAGGUCUCCUCAAUUACGACAAAGGUGCCCAUGAUCCUUUCGUCAAGGCCGGCAUCAACCCACUUGACUUGUACAUGAUGCCCGAGGUGUUGUCUCGCUUCGUCUCACUUUCAGGCCAGAUCUUGCCCAGAGAGAAGACCAGAUGUAACCCACAAAACCAGAAGAAACUCAGCAUAGCCAUCAAACGCGCCCGUAUGCUCGGCAUCAUGCCAACAGAGCACAAGCACAGCCGCUUCACGCCGUUCCGUAUCUUACAAUUGGCCGCCAGAAACACCGCCUCCGUGAGAGCCUUCUCGAUCUCCAGAAGAGCCUUCGUCGAGGGCCCAAGCAAGACCGACUCUUUCAAGGAGAGAGAGAAUGCCCAGGAAGGCGCCUACAUCAAGAAGCACGAGGCCGAGAAGUUGGCCAAGUUGAGAGAGAGAUUGGAGGAGCAGAAGAAGGUCGUCGACAAGCUCGAGCAGGACCUUAAGGACCUCAAGAACUAA